CCAAGUCUUUCUCUCCUAAUUCUCUCUUCACAACUUCUAUCAAACCAAACACACUACAAACAAUCUCUUCACUGUUUGCUUCGCACAUUUCGAUUCUCGCCAAAAGCACAAUUUCCCCACUCUUUGAUCAUUCUCAAUUCCAAGGCCAAAUUCCAUCCAACCCUACGCACACAAAUUCCCCUCAAUUCAUACAUUGCAAUUUCAAAUCAAUCCUUUGCCUCUAGGGUUCUUAAUUUCUGAAGAUUAACGUUAUACUGAACAAAACCUUUUUUUGACACAACGGUACCGUUUUGGCGUUUACAGAAGUUGCCACGUGCUGAAAACGACAGCCAUGGAAGUUAGAAUUGAUUCAAAUACUGAGUCGGCUGAAAUUGGGUUUGCCGCGAAUCAGGGUAGAGAAGAGGAAGAGGAGGAAGAGGAAGAAGAUGUGGACUUUAAUCCUUUGUUCUUAAAGGAAACACUUUCUGAUGCUUCAUCGAGUUUGAGUUCUGAAGGUGAUGGUUUGGGUGGUAAUGUUGUAGAUAGUGGGGUAUCAAUGGGUGUAGAGAUGGAAAAGAUUGCGACCAAUGAGGUAAUUUGUAGUGCGGUAGAUUCGGAACAUGGCGAGGAGGAAAUUAGUUUAAGACCGUCGGGUAUUAUCUCUCAAUCGGAGAGUGAUAAAGAGAAGAACAAUGAGUUGAUUAGUGGUGCUAGUAAUGGUUUUGGGACUGGAGGAAUAAGUAACACUCCAACAAAAUCCCAGGGUCCGAUAGUAGAUAUAGAUAAUGAGGAUGCUAUUUGUAUGCGUACUAGAGCUCGUUAUUCGCUUGAAGGUUUUAGUCUUGACGAGCUUGAGACCUUUCUUCAAGAGACCGAUGAUGAGGAUGAUCAUCAAAAUGUUGAUGAUGAGGAAGAGUAUAAAAAGUUUCUAGCAGCCGUAUUACAGGGUGGAGAAGGUGAUGAUGGUGUUUCAUCACAUGUAAAUGAAAACCAUGAUGAUGAUGACGAGGAUAAUGAUGCAGACUUUGAGUUAGAGCUUGAAGAGUUGCUGGAGAGUGACGGGGAUGAGAAUGCAGCGGUAGAAAACCGAAAGAAGUGUGAUGGUGCUGGACGACGGCCGGAGACUAGGCAAAAUAAGCGCCGAAAGACCUCUUCCCAAAGUGAGAGAAGAACAUUAGGACUGGCUAGCAGGCCACUCCGCCCCAUUUUGCCUUGUUGGAUUAAUGGACACCUUGCUUCAAGAAAUGGUUCGAUGCCUGAUGCUACUUUCAGCAAUCAAUCUUCUGCUUCAAGGAAUGGUCUUGUUAAUGGCUUUACUCCCCAGCAGAUUGGUCAGUUGCACUGUUUGAUACACGAGCAUGUGCAACUUCUUAUUCAGGUAUUUUCUCUGUCGGUUCUUGAGCCUUCACACAAACAAGUAGCUUCUCAAGCUAAAACUUUACUUUUUGAGAUGCUUCACAAACGGGAUCAAGUAUUAGCUUCAACCAGAACACCAUAUCCGGCUGUUUGCUUUACUCCCUAUUUUUCCUGUACAUCCGUGUCCAAUGGAAAGUCCAACGCUGUCCCAGGCCAGUGCAACACAGAAUCUGCUUCUACCCAAGAUGCCAUGAAUGCGUGGUUUCCUCAAUCCCAUCAGACCCCUUCUGUAGGUUUGAAUGGGCAAAGAAGAUGUUUUCAAGAUACUGACAGUUCUUUCUGGUUUCCUUUUGUAAAAGGCCCUGUGCAAUCUGUUUUAGAUGUUGCUCCUCUUAGUUUACUAAGAGGAUAUGUAGAUGACAUUAAUUCCGAUGCCCAAGAGUUUCGAAAGCGAUUCAUUGAAUCUGGUUAUGAUCUAAGUAUCGAAAAGGAACCUCUAUUUCCUUUUUCUUCAUCUGCUGCUGCAGCUAGCAAUGAAGUUUCAAGUAGAACUAUCUCUGGAGCAAAUAAUACAGUCUCAUCUUCACCUGGUAAAGAACAACCUAAGAAAUCAUUUGCUGCCACGCUUGUUGAAAGUACCAAAAAACAGUCAAUUGCUUUGGUACCAAAGGAAGUUGCAAACUCAACUCAAAGGUUUUUGGCCUUUUUUAAUCCAGCAUUAUUCCCACACAAGCCACCCCCGUCAGCAGUUGUAAAUAGGAUGCUUUUCACUGAUUCAGAGGAUGAAUUACUAGCCUUAGGGAUAUUGGAAUAUAAUACAGACUGGGAAGCAAUUCAACAAAGGUUUCUUCCCAGCAAGUCUACGCAUCAGAUUUUUGUCAGGCAGAAAAAUCGUUGCUCUUCAAAGUCGUCAGAUAACCCAAUAAAGGCAGUUCGAAGAAUGAAAACUUCUCCAUUGACUGCAAAGGAGAUAGCAGGCAUUCAUGAGGGACUUAAGCUUUAUAAAUCUGAUUGGAUGUCAGUAUGGCAAUAUAUUGUUCCACACCGAGAUCCAUUCUUGCUUCCCCGUCAAUGGCGAGUUGCUCUUGGGACUCAAAAGUCUUACAAAACAGAUGAAUCAAAAAAGGAGAAGCGGAGAUUGUAUGAGUCAGAAAGAAGAAAGUUGAGAGCUACUACUACAAUAGAAUGUGGGCAACCUAGAUCUGAUAAAGAGGAUUUUGAGGCUGACAUUGCUGAUGGCAUGGAUUAUUCAGAUGUUCCUUACGUCCACCAGGCAUUUCUGGCAGAUUGGAGACCGGAUGUGUCCACUCUUAAUUAUUCAGAACACAUUUCCCCGGCAUCUGUAGAAGCAAAUCUUGGUCAUGAUUCAAUUUCACAAAAUAUUCAGCUUUAUAGAGGAAUUAACAAUAAUGGUUUAAGUGGAAAUGUUCAACAUCAGAAUGGUAGUUACCCAGCAUUUCCAUCUGUACAUAAGCCUCCCCUGCCUUUUCACUCUACAUCUGAUUUUAGGAGUGGCAUGAAAGGUGCUCCAAGUGAAACUAUUCAUAAAAACCCAGCUUAUGGUGCGACCUCUAACUCCAAAUACUACUGUCGGCCCUAUCGGACUCGGAGAACAAAUGGCGCUCGUAUGGUGAAGUUAGCACCGGACUUGCCCCCCGUAAAUCUUCCUGCAUCUGUUCGUGUAGUUUCGCAAACUGCUUUUAAAGGUUUCCAGGGUGGAACAUCUAAGAUUUGUCCCCGUGGAGAUGGUGUCCCAGUCACUGAUAUGAGAAAAGAUAAUUCUGUGUCCCAAGUUCCUCAUAGUGAGAAAGUUAUGGUUGAUCACCGUGCAAAACAUGCAAGACCUAUGCCAAAAGACAGUGCGAUACAUUCUCAACUAGAAAGGUCUGAAACUUCCGAAGGCAGGUCUAUUGUGGCAGAGAAAGCCACUUAUGCUGAUCUCCAAAUGCAUCCUCUUUUGUUCCAGGUCACUGAAGAGGGUAACACACCUUAUUAUCCAUUUAAAUUUAGUUCUGGUCCUUCUAGUUCCUUCAGCUUCUUCUCAGGAAGACAGCCACAAUUAAAUCUGAGUCUGUUCAAUAGUUCACAGCAACAAGGGCGCAUCGAUCGUCCUAACACAACUACGAAGUCAAAGAAUUCCUCAUUAAGGUUGGGAGGCAUUGAUUUUCAUCCACUUCUGCAGAAAUCUAAUGAUACACAAGCACAAACUGGUUCUGAUGCAAUUCAGGCUGAGCCACUUGUUACUAAUGGUGUGCCUGAUAAAACUAAUAGAUCUUUUGACCUUAAUGACAAAUCCAAUGAACUUGACUUGGAGAUUCAUCUAAGUUCUCUAUCAGAAAGUGAGAAAUCUAUGAAAAGUAUACAGCUAAAGGAACAUGAUACUAUAGAGUCUCAGAAAAUCGCAGCUAGUUGUGCAACGGCAACGGAUGCUCCAAUUUGUCAGCAGAGUGAUAGAAUUCCUUCACCCAGAGAUUGCGAACUUGCUUCAAGUCCCCCUUUGGUCGUUCCUGAUGCUAACAUUACCGGAUAUGAUGUAGAUGAUGUUGUUGAACAGUCUCAUCCUGAGAUAGUGAUGGAGCAAGAAGAGUUAAGCGAUUCCGAAGAAGAUAUUGAAGAGCAUGUCGAGUUUGAGUGUGAGGAGAUGGCUGAUUCUGACGGAGAGGAUGGCUCGGGAUUUGAACAAGCUCUUGGGGUUCAAAAUCAGUUUGAGUGUGAGGAAAUGGCUGAUUCUGAGGAAGAGGAUGGUUCAGGCUGUGAACAAACUUCUGAAGUACAAAAUAAGGUGGUCCCAAGAGCCAAUUCUGAUAUCCAAGUUGAUUCUAGUCCCCCUACAAAUAAUGCUUUGCCGAAUACGGCUCUGAGUAGUAUGGGAAUGGAUGACAAAAGUAGUUCGUCGUGGCUAAGUUUAGACUCAAGUAGAUCAGAAACUCCUGUACUAUCAAAGGCCGUGCUUCAGCGGGUAACAACUGGUGAAGGUUCUGCUUCCGGAAACUUCAAAAUUUUUGGUAAAGCAGUCGCAAAAGAGGGACAUAAUGUAGACACUGUACAACCGUCAAGCCUAGUUCCUCGUGUGGUUAACACACCACGAAAACUCAGGAAGCGGCGUAGCAAAUUGAACGCAAAUAUAGGAUUGACCAUUAAAAAAAACAAACCAUGAUGAUAAUGGUGAAGAUGAUUUAUUUUAAUUAUCUGGCAAGUCAAGUGCAACUUGGAUUCGUUGUUAAGGAAUUCAGGAUAUGGUGGAAGUGAUAAAGACUUUUGAGUUUUGAUUGAUGCAGCAUGCAACCAUCUAAACUAUGAACUAACUGUGCUUUUCUGUUGAUGUUCAUCGUCGUCUAAUAUCAUUGCAAUUGCUGGAUAGCAGUUAAUCAAAGGUUAAGUGCUACCGGAUUAAGAAAUUGACAACAAAUUUUCCCUUCUCUUUAUCCUUUAAUGAAGAUCCUUCAAAUUUUCAAGGUAAUCUGAAGAAUUGGGACUUUAGAUUUGUAUAGUUACUGGCAAGGGUUCAAAUGUAAAUAUGUUGAGAAAUGAUGCCAAAAUUGAUCUUCAUUGGGUCAUGUUCACUGGAUAAUAUUUAAAAACAAGUUAGUUCAUGUUGGAACUACUAAAUUGUAUAGAGCUUGUUCACUAA